UCUAGCUUUACUUGCCUCCAUGCGGCAGAUUUCCCUCGAAAUUUCAAUUUGUGUGCAAGUUUUCUCGUGAAUGAUGUAUGAAGAGGAGGAUUGGGACGCCGAAUUAGAGGGCGGAACAACAUCAUCUGUAACAGUAAAGCCUCAAUAUUGCGCCUGGGAUAAUACCUACACCCAGUCUCCCUCUGUCAGUCAACGUCAGUCACCGAAGAUGCAACCUGAAAGAUCAAACGGAUUUGAAGGCCUACGGUCACGGGGCCGAGGAAAUUGGUCGUCAUCAAGAUCUGACAGAAGUGAUUGGCGAAAUCGUGAAGAGGAAGAUGCAUUUGAAAACAGGGGGUUUGGUCGAGGGGAUAGAGGGCGGGGUAGGGAAACUGGGCAACGCUCAAGACGGGGAGGAUCAUUUGGUGGUGGACGUCCACAGAGAAAUGACAGCAGUGAGAGGUCGGAUGGAAAUAGUUCAGCGAUGUAUGUUGAAUCCUCCCUAGUAGGAAGAAUCAUAGGUAAAGGUGGUUCUAAAAUCAGGGAAUUACAGGACAACAGUAAUGCAAGAAUUCAGGUGACGAGAGAAGAGAAUGAUAAUGGAGAGAUUAGAGUGGAGCUCUCAGGAUCUCCGGAGGCUGUGGCUAAAGCUAAAGAGCUGAUAGAGGAGACCAUUAAUCCAGUCAGCAGGGUGACCAGAUCUUUUGGAAGUAUGAACACUAAUCCAACAGAUUCAACCACUGGCAGUAACCCAGCACCGAUGAUAAACUGGGCAAUGAUACGAGCCAACAAGGAGGCCAACGAAAAAAUUAAAUUUGAAGGUCUCCCAGAAAUAAGGAAGAAUUUCUACAUAGAAGAUCCAGCUGUGGCUAACAUGCAUCCAGAGGAAGUGGCCCACAUAAGGAAGACAAAUAACAACAUUAUUGUGAAGGACCUCAGUAAAGAGGGAAACAAGAGAAUUCCUAACCCAGUCAGGACGUUUGAGGAGGCAUUCCAGCAUUACCCUGAAAUUUUGGACACCAUUUAUAAUCAGAAUUUUAAAGAGCCAUCACCCAUUCAGAAACAAGCAUGGCCUGUGUUGUUACAAGGAGAUGACUUGAUAGGAAUAGCACAGACUGGAACAGGGAAAACUCUGGCAUUCUUAUUACCAGCAUUUAUACACAUAGACCAGCAACCGGUACCAAGGGAGGAGAGAGGUGGACCAAAUGUCCUGGUUUUAUCACCAACUCGCGAGUUAGCUCUACAGAUAGAGGCAGAGGUGAAAAAAUUCCACUACAGAGGAAUAAAAAGUGUUUGUGUGUAUGGUGGGGGGAACAGACGGGAGCAGAUUAAUGUCGUCACCAAAGGAGUAGAAAUCAUUGUAGCCACCCCAGGGAGACUUAACGACCUCGUCAUGAAUAAGAUUGUGAACGUUAAGUCUGUCACUUACCUGGUUCUUGAUGAAGCUGACCGCAUGUUAGACAUGGGUUUUGAGCCGGAAAUCAAGAAAAUUUUGUUGGACAUUCGGCCAGACAGACAAACAGUCAUGACAAGCGCUACUUGGCCCCCUGGAGUCAGAAGAUUAGGAGAGAGCUACCUCAAAGAUCCCAUACAAGUGUUUGUUGGUUCCCUAGAUUUAGCAACUUGUCACUCUGUCACACAGUUCAUAGAAAUUGUCGACCAGGAAGACAAGAAGGAGAGGGUUGUGAGGUUUAUAUUGGAGGAAAUGGAAGAGGAGGACAAGGUUCUGGUUUUUGUGGGAAAAAAAUUAACGGCUGAUGACCUGUCCAGUGAUUUAUCUCUGAAGAUGAUCAACUGUCAGUGUAUUCAUGGAGACAGAGAACAGUGUGACAGAGAGCAGGCUUUAGAGGAUUUUAAGCUGGGACACACUAGGAUUCUUGUAGCUACUGAUGUCGCUUCCAGGGGGCUGGACGUUAAAGACAUUACACAUGUUUUUAAUUACGAUUUUCCUCGGAACAUGGAGGAGUACGUUCAUAGAGUCGGUAGGACUGGCAGGGCAGGUAAGACGGGUAAAUCCAUCUCUCUGUUGACGCGCUCAGACUGGAGGUCCGCCACUCACCUGAUUGAGAUACUGGAGGAGGCAAAUCAGAUUGUGCCAGAUGAGCUGGCUAGUAUGGCAGAAAGAUAUGAAGCACACAAACAGAAACUGAAUGAGGAGCGUGCCAAUGGUAUAUUUCGUCCACGGGGCGGGGGAAGGGGGCGACGGAGGGAAGAGGGGGUAUACCUCUGUAUGGAUGGUGUACCAUGAAGUCACCAACAAACAUCUAAGGAACCAGUGUGCAGAAAAGUAUAAAAGUAACUGAGUCCAUUGGUGCCAAAUGAUGUCUGUAAAGCCCGGCAUCCAUUACUUAUGCCUAACAAAUCUAAGUGCAAUAUUGUGUACUAAUCUGAAAUUGAAGUCAUCACAAAUGGACCAUAUUUUGUUAUUUUUUUUAGUUUUGCUUAAGAAAAUUGAGUACAUGUGUCUCUUUUUUUAUUUUCAGUGAAACAUUCAGAUAAAUGUUUUUUUACCAAUUAUUAGUAAAAAAUUUAUACUUUGUUCACAGUUCAUCCAGGGUAUAAACAUUAAAUAAACUUAAUCAAGAAUU